CCAUGUCUUCCUCCAUCUACAGACAUGGUUGGCAAACCUAAUAUCACAGCUUCUUCCUUGCAUCCCAAAGAAAAUGUUUCAGUCAUCCUCACCUGCACCUCUACUAAUGCAGAGAAAAUAUUAUGGAGCAGGGUCCCCUCAGGAGCCCCUCUCCCUUCUGGGGCCACUCUAUCUCAAGAUAACAGGACUGUCAUCUUCUCCAGGAUUAAUCGCUCAGACUCAGGAGAUUAUAGAUGCCAGGCUAGUAACCCUGUCAGUACAGAGAACAGUGAUCCCGUCACAAUAAAGGUAGCAUAUGGCCCAGAAAACGUGAAAGUAAAAUCCACGUCAUCUUCAAAUUCUUUAAUUUUAUUAGAAUGUUCUGCUGAUUCUGUCCCACCCGCCAUCUACUAUUGGAAACUGAAUGAGACAGUUCUAAAACAGCAGAGCCAGCUUGAGGUAGAUCAAGAGAAGGCUGAGAAUGAGGGGACUUACACAUGUGUGGCCAAUAACUCAGUGACACAGCUUACUGCCAUGGACUCUAUAUAUGUGAAUUCAACAUUCGGU